ACACGGUCUCCGGGGCCUCUUCAGAACAGCAGUAUCAGCUCUCGAGAGGCCCUUUGAAUGCACAAGGACAGCAGUGCUCAUCCUCCUGUACAUGUCAUUCCUCAGGGAUCAGUCGCUGUGCGAAGACACUUGCUCUGAGCUGCAGAGAGCUGUCUCCAUGGAGACCAGAGAGAUGUCAGAAUCCCGCAGGAGUUCAUUCACAGGCAGGGGAGCCAUGGCCAGGGUGUCUCGAUUUCUCCUUUCAAUAAGAAACUGGGCGAGGAAACGACUGCACCACGAAGAGCAGAGACCAGACUCCUUUCUGGAGCGUUUCCGAGGCCCGGAGCUGAAGGAGGCUUCCAGCAGAGAGAGCAACACCCAGUCAGCCCUGGGCCAGCAGGGCAGAGUGAAGAGCCACUGGCCCUCGGCAAACUUCAAUGUGAACAACUGCAACAAUACAGACGAGCAGGGUAUACUGUCUUGCCAUGUGUGUUCUUUACAUAUUGAAUUAUUUUGCAGGAAGAAAAAAGAAGUGUUUGUCAUCGACCCUGCAAGCAAUCUAUACUACAGGUGGCUGUCCAUUAUUGCAGCUCCUGUCAUGUACAACUGGUGUCUGCUGGUGUGCAGGGCAUGUUUUGAUGAACUUCAAAUGGACUACCUGGUUUUGUGGGGUGUUUUAGAUUACUCCUCAGAUUGUGUCUACCUCAUUGACACUUUUGUGAGAUUUAGGACAGGUUUCCUCAAACAAGGAUUGCUCGUCAAGGAUUCAAAGGCGUUACGGGAGAAUUACAUGAAGACUUUGCAGUUCAAAUUUGAUGCACUCUCACUUGUGCCGACAGACUUAAUCAGCAUUAAAAUUGGGUCAAACUGGCCUGAACUGAGGUUUAACAGGCUCUUCCGAUUCGCACGCAUGUUUGAGUUUUUUGACCGCACCGAAACCAGAACCAAUUAUCCCAACAUCUUUCGAAUCGGCAACCUUGUCCUGUACAUCCUGAUUAUUAUCCACUGGAACGCAUGCAUAUACUUUGCCAUUUCCAAAGCCAUAGGGUUUGGGACAGAUACCUGGGUGUACCCCAACAUAAGCCACCCUGAAUACGGUCGACUGGCCAGGAAGUACAUCUACAGCCUGUACUGGUCCACACUGACGCUGACCACAAUCGGGGAGACCCCUCCCCCAGUGAAGGACGUGGAGUACCUCUUUGUGGUGUUCGACUUCCUGAUCGGAGUGCUGAUCUUCGCUACCAUCGUCGGUAACGUGGGUGCCAUGAUUUCCAACAUGAACGCCUCCAGAGCGGAAUUCCAGGCCAAGAUAGAUUCCAUUAAGCAAUACAUGCAUUUCCGCAAAGUCACCAAAGACCUGGAGGCACGAAUCAUCAAGUGGUUCGACUAUCUCUGGACCAACAAGAAAACGGUGGAUGAAAAAGAGGUCCUGAAGAACUUGCCUGACAAGCUGAAAGCCGAGAUCGCCAUCAACGUCCACCUGGACACGCUGAAGAAAGUGCGCAUCUUCCAGGACUGCGAAGCAGGGCUGCUGAUAGAGCUGGUGCUGAAGCUAAGGCCACAGGUGUUUAGCCCUGGAGACUAUAUCUGUCGCAAAGGGGACAUUGGCAGAGAAAUGUACAUCAUCAAAGAGGGGAAGCUGGCUGUCGUAGCGGACGACGGCAUCACCCAGUUUGUAGUUUUGAGUGACGGGAGUUACUUUGGAGAAAUCAGCAUCUUGAACAUCAAGGGGAGUAAGUCGGGGAACAGAAGGACUGCAAACAUUAGAAGCAUAGGCUACUCCGAUCUCUUCUGCUUAUCCAAGGAUGACCUCAUGGAAGCCCUGACUGAGUAUCCGGAGGCCAAGGCGGCGCUGGAGGAGAAAGGGAAAGCCAUUUUAAUGAAGGACGGCUUGAUAGACGAGGAGGUGGCCAAACAGGGAGACGACCCGCAAAACAUGCAAGAAAAGGUGGACCAGCUGGAAACCGUUCUGGACCUCAUGCAAACGAAAUUCGCCAGACUGAUGGCAGAGUUUACCUCGAGCCAGCAAAAGCUCAAACAGAGACUCGCAACAGUGGAGUCCAAAGUGAAGAAGUACGGGAGCGCAAGCUUCUCGGAGGAUCUGGAAACAGACAACGAAGCUGCAAAAGAGGCCAAAAAGGACAAAUAACAUGCACUGCUCUGAGCAUUUCUGAUUAUCUUGGACUAGACCAGCUAAUGGUACUUGUUUUUUUAUAAGACACCAAACAGGAAAAAAAUAUAGUUUGAUACUUUUUAACUUGUUUUCAUUUAACAUACAAUGUAAAGUUAUACUUUUUUUCCUCUGAAAAUAGUUUUCCUUUAGCAAAAGCCUCUUUAUGAGUAUCAGUUCUGUAUGUAGUGUGUUAUACUGGAUCAUUUGCAGUUGCAAAGACAAACACAAUUAGCUGGGAAAAUGAGCCAUGGUAAAGAUUCACAGCACUUUUGGUAAUUGUUGCUGCACAGGGUAUCCCCAAAAGAAUCCAUGACAUCGAAUACAGUGAACAGAAACAUACAGCACACUGUGACGGGGUGAUGGUCCGAGCUUCCCCUACUCACAAUCACAUUUAUCAGCUCAGGAACACUGAGGUUUGUGGAAUGCAGGAAAAAACCACUUGAUAGUGUUCACAGGCAUACAGAUUUACCUUGGCACUGGAAGAAGACUUCACACAAAUUACAACUGAUGCUCACAGACGAACAUUGAACACAAAAUGACCGACGUUCACAAAAGACAAGAUCAUGAAAGACCCAAAAAGCACAGGAAAGACAUGGCAUGAAAUAAGCCCCAGCCCCACCUGAUUCGAACAGAAUGAACAUUCAAUCAAUCUUUCAUAGUGGACCACCAUCACAAAGCUCUUGAAUUAUUCAAUAAACAGCUACACUCGGAAUGAUCUUAUACACAAAGAAACUCUAACAUUCAUUCCAUUCCUACUUUUUACAAUAAACAUGUUUCUUCUGCUUCACACUUUUGUGUUUAACCUGCAUGAAUACCGUCUGUUAAACAGACGAUCACUAACUAUUCCAUUAUUACGCCUAAUCAAUACCCUUCUUCUUCUUCUUCUCUAGUCCCUAACUUACCAGUAUAAUGACUGAACAUAAGCAUUACCCCUUCUUUUGGAAGGUUACCGAACAUAUGCCUAUAACAAACAUUUGUCCCACAUGUACAGUAAAGCUACGGUAACUUCAUUAAAGUAAGCUCCCUAAUCUAAAUACGGCAAUAAACCAUCAUAUCAAAUACACUUUGCUCAACAGCACAAAUGAUACAGAUAGCCCAUGGCUCUAUCACUCGUAGAACAACAAUAAACAAACACAAUAACAGGCAUUUCAAUAUUACUGUGAGGGUCUCACCCUGACACACACAUUGGUUUACUUGGUUUUCAGAUCUCAUCAAAACAGAGCAUACACUUGUAUCACACUUGCAAUUCCCUUAACUGCUAAGUACAGUGACGAUAGAGCAAUCGGAGGGAUUUCAUUUAGACCCAGAGAAAUAAAGAUCUGCAUUCAUCCAAAACAGGCUCUACUUACAGAAACUGACCACAUUAGACUCUAUAGUACUUGA